ACGCAGACAGACAGACAGACAGACCCAGACGUCGCGAGCCGGGCUGGGAUGGGGGUCCUCUCUAAGGAAUAUGGCCUCGUGGUCCUCACCGGGGCCGCCAGCUUCAUCAUGGUGGCUCACCUGGCCGUGAACGUGGCCAAGGCCCGCAAGAAGUACAAGGUGGAGUACCCCGUCAUGUACAGCACCGACCCUGAGAACGGGCACAUCUUCAACUGCAUACAGCGAGCGCACCAGAACACCCUGGAAUCCUAUCCCGCCUUCCUGUUCUUCCUCGCCGUCGGAGGCGUCUACUACCCGCGCGUCGUCUCCGGCCUGGGCCUGACGUGGAUCGUUGGACGGGAACUCUACGCCUACGGCUACUACACGGGAGAGCCGGACAAGCGGCGCAGAGGAGCUCUGGGGUCCAUAGCCCUCCUGGGCCUGGUGGGCACCAGCGUAUGCGCCGCCUUCCAGCACCUGGGCUGGGUUCGCUCCGGCCUGGGCCACGGGGUCAAGUGCUGCCACUGAAGGACCGCCCGGGCAGGGCCCCGGCCUGCUCCCCCGGCCCCCCACCCAGAGAACAAUAAACCCGUCUGGCUUCCGCCUCCUACCUUC